GCACUUAAAGCUAUAUAUCACACAAACGAGAGGUAUAUGCAUCUACAAGCACUUGUAUUUUUUUAAAAUCAGCAAGGAAACAUUUAGAUUCAAUGAAAGCACACUAGAGCGAGGUGUUGGUAGUUGCGAAAGCUUCAAGCUUAUGUAUAUAUAGCUACAUAAACAAUCUCCUUUUAGUGUGGCUAUCUGUCAAUUGCACAUUUUCUUCAACCACAUUGCAAUAUGGCGUUUGAGCACAAAAUAUGAAGUUCGAGCGUUUUAUUUCAUGUCGAAAAUCUCAGCAUUUUAUUGCCAUGUGUAGGAGCGCAGAAUAAUACUCCUCUCCAGUUAACGAUAAAAUUUCAAUAAUUUUAACCUUUUCAUUUAUGUAGGAAAGAUAAAUAGAUUAUGAGAAAUGUGGUAGGGUAAAUAAGUGUAUAAAUACAACUAUAUAACAUUGCCUCAUGACAUACAUUUCUGUCUAAUUUUGAGAGCUUUAUUCUUUGUUCUUUCUUCCCUUUCGGUGUAUAUCUUCUGCGAAAAACUUAUUCAAACUCAGCUUUUCUAUGAUUACAAUUAUAAUUUUGUCAAUUCAUCUUUAUUAAGACCCCUAAACAGCUGUUUUUUAUGAACCAACUAAGACCCACGUGAAGCAUACUUGUUUAUUCUUUUCAGUUAUGUCCGCAUCAGGGCAACUCUGCCUGUGAUGAAGAACGGUGUGACGAUCAGCAUUUGCACUUCUCUUUUGAUCGCUCAAAACCACAUCUGGAUCUUGCGUGAUCAAUACAAAUUCCUUGAAAAACUCGUCAAGAAAUGGGCAGUAAGCGCCUUAUCUGCGUCUUCUUCCAGGCUUUCAUAUGCAGUAUCCUGUCAUUGCAAGAACAGCCGGUGAACUUGAGUCGUUUUGAAGAUAAAGUGGUAAAGAUUUCAUUCAAAGACCAUGUGAAGAAUUAUACAGAAACUCGUUUAUUGACAUGGAGUUUAAAGACAGCUUUUAAUCAAACUUUGGUUGAUAACAGAGAGGGUAGAAUGUACAUUGCAUUAGAACCUACGAAAGCUGCGAUGUUUCGUUUGCUUUUGCCUGGACUUCAUCGCAAUUCGAGCUCGGAAAUAGUCUCCUUUCAACUAUUCGGUCAUCCAGAAGCCUUCCUACGCCAGCGCCCUGAUGGAUGGCUAUAUUUGGAUAGAAGGAACGAAAGUUUGGAGUUCAACAUGUCUGCAUCGUUCGAAGUGUUGAAGUCCAACUAUUCCCAGUUCAUCCGUUUGAACUCAAUCACUCAUCCUGGGCAAAUUACAGUCGAUUAUAAUUCAUAUCGCUUGUUUAUGUCACCCAAUGGAAGCAAAUUUCAAAUUGAUCUUUCUUCAGACGAUGUUGAAGACGACAAUGGAUUUACAUUGCGUAGAUGGCUCGUUCCCAUUGGCUCUUCGCCUGAGACACGGUUUAUACCCAAUCCUCUAAAUUACGCGGUCAAAAUUGCGAACAUCCUCCCCUACAAACUGAGCACAGUACCAGGUACAUUUUAUCGAAUUCAAGGAUAUUGGCGACCAUAUUUUAAUGGCGCGUUCACCUUCUCCUUGAGUUGUGAUGUGCCGUGCAGGCUUAUCCUUGAACAAGACAAUCAUACGGUCACGAUAUGCAGUAGUACAAAUAAAUGCAAACCAAUGUCUCUACAUGGAGGACCGACUUCUGCAUAUUACUAUGUGGAAUUAACGGUAUUUUCCGAGAAACUGGCUGGGACUGUUAACAUUGACAUUAUUGACGAGGACCAGGAAGUAGUGAAGUUUGCUCAGUUUAAGAAAAUUGAGCGAACUAGAGAGUCACAUCGUUGGAUAUUCAGUAAGUCUUGUAGUCUAUCGUGCUUGGAUGAACUGCAACUUUCCUCUCUUGAAAGAAAUAAUGAAGAUGAGAAAUUGAGAGCAAACCAUCUUAUUUUAAAUCGCGAACAUUUCAUACCUGGCAAUGAUAAUGGUUUUUCUAUUGGAUUUUGGUUCAGUAAACUUUACAAUCUGUCAACAAAUGGUAAAAAGGAAAUAUUAUCUUAUGGUUCGGACUUCCGUGUUUGGUUUAAUUCUACAUCUUCUGACCCCGCUUUGGUUAAUUUCACGAAUUUUAUGUUUGAUAUCGGUGGAAAACGUUUCGUCAUUUCAACUUCGCGUGAAAUCGUUCACAUUGUGUUUACAUAUUCACACAGAAAUAGAUCGCGUUGUUAUAUAAAUGGCGAAUACGUGAAAUGGGAUGGCUAUUCUAAUCUCCUUCCUUCUGUCAGUCCUUCUUCCAAUCAUUCUGUCAGUUCUUCUUCCAAUCAUUCUGUCAGUUCAUCUUCCAAUCAUUCUGUCAGUUCGUCUUCCAUUCAUCCUCUCAGUGCUUCUCAUUAUUCCCUCAUUUCUUCUUCCAGUCAUUCUGUCAGUCCUUCAAAUCAUUCUUCGAGUCCCUCUCCCGAAGACUUUCUUCCCGAAAUGGAGAGAUUGUUCUCCGUUUCAACUCCUUUUAAUGAAUACUUUAAUCUCUCCGAGUUAUUUUUAUGGUCAAGUGAAAUGACAACCGAACAAGUUCUUGAAGAAUAUCAGGUUUCGUGUAACGUUAAUCUUUCAACUUGUCGCUGGAAAAAUUCUCGUCACUUUCCCAAUCAAUGGCUGUUUUAUAUUGCAACCUCGUCCUAUCCCUUUACUGGUCUACAAUUCACAGGCAACUAUUUCUACAUAGACGGUUCCACAAUGGAUUACAACGCGUCUGCGAUUCUACUCUCACCAAAAAUCGUGUCAGGCUACCAGUGUUUAAGUUUUCAAUACUUUAUGUACGGUAUGGGAAUUGGUCGGUUAUCUGUGUACGUGGAACAGGAACGACGCUGUGAUAUUUACUGGUCCUUGGCCGGGCAACAACAGGAAAGGGAUUCACAUUGGAAAAAAGCAACAGUGAGCCUUCCUUUCCUUGAGAAAGAUGCCUGGAGAAAGAUUUCAUUCCAUGCUGUACGCGGCGAGAACUUCCGCAGUGACAUCGCAAUAUUUGAUAUGAAAUUACAUGCAGAAAGCUGUCAAACUUCUCCACAAAAUGCUUGGCCUGGUUGGAGCAAUGCGAGUUGUCCAAAUCCCUGUCCACCUGGCAUCCCGUGUAUAAAAUCUUUCAGAGACAACCGAUCGUGCUUAUGUGAUACAAGGCUGGCGAAUUUUGUUAAUCAAUUUUGCUUAAAUGAUAUAGAGAAUUCUCUCUACCGAAAUGCUUUGUACUACUGGUCAAUGGACGACGUCCUGGCGAGAAACUCAUCCUCAUCCUCAGAAGGAGAUAUCCAACAAAACCUUGUCACCGGUGUUGCCAACAAAGCCGUUGAAUUUAAAACGGAAUGGAGUCAAAAUAUAUCGACUCUAAAAAAUUUUUCUGUGUCGAUGUGGGUGAAAAUAACUCGUCCAAUGAUCGUUUUCAAAAUUUCCCGCCUUUGUGUGACUUAUGAUAAUAUUUCUGGUCUACUUGAGAUAAAUAUCACCCACCACAAUCAGACGUGCCGUCAUCGUGUAGAGUAUGAAUGGCCUUGGGGUAUCUUUGUUUAUUUAACCAUUGUUGCUGAACAUAACAACCCUAAAAUUUCCCUGUUUAAAAAUGGUGAAUUACAGACUCGUCGAUCUAGUUCUGGUUGUUGUAGCAGCGAAGUGGUCGUAGACGAAAAUAUUCGCUUAUUUCCAGGGAAUACGUUUGAUGAUGUUAGCGUGUGGUCAACUAUGCUGUCCCAGGAAAAUAUCACCGAGAUCUAUAAAAGAUAUGGGCAAUACAAAACAAUUGAGGGGGAAUACAAACCUCAACCUAUCAUCUUCAAGAUGGAUGGAUUUUGGACGGAGUCAGUUAAGAAUGCAAGAAAUAAAGACAGUGUACUCAACGAAAAUUAUCAGCGAAAACUUUAUGACAUGCUGAAAUUCACCUGCAAGCAAUCUGUUUCGGAUAUUACUGUAUCUACUGGCAUCAAUUCAACUGCAAGCAUCACCGUAUUCAUGUCUUCAACGGCCGUUUGGAGACAAGAUUGGCUGAGCUGGUGUGUGUUGUUGGCAGAGAAAAGAUUUGCAGAUGUCAUAAUGGACUACAAUGUUACCUCAAGAUACGUAAGUGAUAAACCGCCAUUCAAUUUAAAAGUGCAAAGCAGCACUGCUCAUUCAGUGAAUUUACGCUGGGAGUUUAUGAUGGAGGAGAAACUGUCCCCUUUCCGUGGAUUCAUAGUAGCAGUUUACCGCCGACGGUGGUCAUAUUUAUUCACAACAGCUAAUGAAGUCGAGGUGGUUGGCUUGAAUCCAAAUACGUUAUACGAAAUACGAGUUAUUCCUCAGCAUCUGGUUGGGAUGGGUUUUAUUAGUAAAUACUUUGCUGUAACAACAAAUGAAUCAGUUCCGACUAUGCCGCCUGCAUACUUGUAUGCGAAAGCUCUGUCUUCGUCACGUCUUAUGAUACAAUGGGCAUCUGUGAACAAACGGCACAGGAAUGGAGUCAUCACUGGCUACAAUAUUUUCAUCGUCGACGAAUCAAACGCUGCCCUCGAAUAUAUAAAGAUCUCCUCUGGUUCCACCUUUUCUUACGAGAAACACGACCUAAAACCGUAUCAUCUCUAUAAGGUGAAAAUAUCUGCUAUGACUAAAAUUGGUCUCGGACCUUGGAGUGAGGCGACUGAGAGGAGAACACUACCUGGUGCUCCUUCCGCUUCACCUGCAAACUUCACAGGAGUGCCCCGAGAUCAUAAAUCCAUUUCAUUCACUUGGCAUGAAGUACCGAGCAUUCAUUGGAACUCGGCAUCUAUUAAUUACACGAUACGCUGUUGUGAUAACGGGAUCAAAUGCACAAACAGGGAUGAAAACCUAAGAAUAUGCUGCGUUCCCGUACAAGUGAAGUGUGUUAUGCAAGAUAUUCCUGCUGGUCAUUCGAGCUACAAUUUGACAGGCCUGCGAAGGUGGACGUCUUACAACUGCUCUAUUUCUGCUUCUAACGAGGCGGGUUUGGGUCCCCCUUCUUACUUGAAAGUGGCAACCAUGAGACAAGUUUACAAAAAAUCCUUUUUAAAUGUUACUGAAACGUCCGUCACUUUUCGGUCGAUAUUUCUUCGAUGGACCUUCAUACGUCCAGAUGAUCAGGACUCAAGCCUUUAUUUACGAUAUCAAUGUUUUCUUUGUUCCAAAAACCAUUCUACGCGGCUUGAUAUUACGAAGCAGAAAAGCAUAAUCAUUGAUGAUUUGAUGGCGCACAAGGAACAUCAGAUAUACGUCUAUGAAUUCUACGAUGGGAAGAUAAGAAACUGCAGUGUCACACUUGUUGUGAAAACAGCUGAGGAUGUACCCCCUCCGCCUCAAAACGUCACAGUACAGUCUGUAUCUUCCACGGAAAUCUUGCUACAGUGGUCGCGACCGCCAUAUGGUCAUGACAGCGGUUACAGUGGUCUAAUACUUGGUUAUAAUGUCGUUCUGGUUCAUCUGGUGAGAAAUAUUUCGCACUACUUUCCGAACGUCACCGACAAUAAUUUCACGGGAAAUAAUUUAAAGAAAUAUCACAACUAUUCAUUGAGGGUCGCAGCUUUCACGACCGUUGGUGAGGGCAAGUUUAGCCCCUGGGUUCAAAUUAGAACUUUAGAAGAUGUUCCCUCAGCUGCCCCAAAAGAUCUCAACGUUUCAGAAAGUGUUAACUCGUCUCUUCUGGUCACUUGGACACCCAUACCAGAAGAACAUAGGAAUGGCGUCAUUCUGGGUUAUGAUCUGAUAUUUUUGGACAAAUUGAUCGAUCGUAAUGAAACUGUGAGAAUAAACGGUUCUAAUCAGCUGGUGUUUGUGAAGAAGGGGCUGAAGAAGCAUUAUUAUUAUUUGAUAACGAUUGCUGGACGAACAUCGAUUGGUGUCAGCCGAGAAGCGAGUCAAGUGCAGAUAUCGAACAUAGAAAAUGUACCUCCGCCCCCACCGCAGAACAUCUCAAUAAUGGCUAACUCAUCCACAUCUCUCAAGAUGACAUGGUCCAUUGUUAUGCUGCAACACUUUCAUCACAUCCUUAAGAAUUACGAGAUCCGCCUGAAAGAUGUCAUUGAAAACACGACACAACGUUUCAAAUCAUUUUUUAAUCAGAAAACAUUCUUUUAUUACACAAAUGGGUUAAAGAAAUACCACAAUUAUACCAUGAGCCUCGCCGUGGAGUCUGAAGGUGGCAUUAGCGAAUUCAGUUCAUGGGUUGACGCGAGAACACUGAGCGACAUUCCAUGUGUUCCACCAAGGCACAUCAAUGUAUCGUUAUCGUUGCCAUCAUUGACUUAUGAAUUAACAUGGUCGCCCUUAAACAACAACAAUGAAUGGUGCGGUGAACCCAGAGGAUACCGUAUAUUAUAUGGAGUAAGAAACGCGUCCAAAAUAAACUACACUGCAGCUUCUGUUUCACCGUUUACGAAUACAUUUCUCUUGCCAAAAAAUCUGACACGUUUUGUCACGUAUGUAACAUCUGUGGCAGCAUUCACGACUGUUGGUGAGGGGGCAAGUGUUUCCACAGCGAUCUAUAUCAACGAUGUUCCAACCAUUGCUCCAGUUCUUUCCGUUGAAACCGUCAACUCUACGAGUCUAAGAGUUCAAUGGUCGUCAAUCUCAUCGAAGAAUGGUAAAGCUAACUUCUUCAUAAUACAAGCUCGUUGUCUUGGAUGUCAUGCAGAACAACGAAAUUUUACGAUUCCUCACAUUUCCCGCCAAGUCGUACUGAAUGGACUGAGAAUCUACAGUAAUUACAGCGUACAGAUUGCUGCGUUAAACGAAUUUGGACAAGGAAACUUUAGUCAUCCUGUAUUCGCCUUGACGGAUGAGACUGUUCCUAAAAGAGCCCCAGAGAAUGUGACUUACUUCAGCACGGCUCCCAACAAUCUGACAGUUUAUUGGUCAGCUCUAAUGAACACGUGGGGAGAGAUACGCUAUUAUCGUGUGUGUCUUUACCAGAAUAACACUCUACUUCACAAUACGACCACUCAGGAUAUUUACCUCGCGUUCACUGGAUUAAAGAAAGACACGGAAUACCUCUUUCGAGUUCAAGGCGCGACAAGCAAAGGCGAGGGUCCUGGGUCUGGCAACUCACAGGUCGAACUCUCCGUGGAGCCCCUGAGUUUUGUCCAUCAAAUGUUUCACUGUCCAAUGUCACCGCGAGAGAGGUUCAGAUCAAGUGGAAACCGUUGAAUUCCGACCUAGUCCCAGGCGGUCUUGCUUCUUACGAUAUUUCCCACCGCAUCAAGCGCAGGGGUUUUCCACGUGAUGUCCAUGUGAAAAACUCGCGUUCGA